UUAGGAAGUUCAAGAUGCAUACUUCCUACAAAGUAAAGAAAGUUCAGAAACUUUCUGCAACUAGAAAUGUCUACACUACACUGAUAUUUUUUGUCAACGGUAAAGAGAUAGAGGAUGAAAGCGUCAAUCCCGAGUGGACAUUAUUGUACUAUCUGCGAAAUAAGUUACGAUUGUGUGGCACAAAACUGGGCUGUGCUGAAGGUGGUUGCGGUGCCUGUACAGUGAUGGUCUCAAGAUACGACAGCUCUGCACACAAAAUUGUUCAUCUAGCGGUAAACGCAUGUUUAAUGCCUGUAUGCGCCAUGCAUGGCAUGGCAGUAACUACAGUUGAAGGGAUAGGAAGUGUUAAAACAAGGCUGCAUCCUGUUCAAGAACGUCUUGCCAAGGCUCAUGGAUCACAGUGUGGCUUCUGCACACCUGGAAUUAUAAUGUCAAUGUAUGCCUUGUUGCGAUCAAUUCCAAAACCUACUAUGGAAAAUUUAGAGAUAGCAUUUCAAGGCAAUUUGUGUAGGUGCACAGGAUACCGACCGAUCAUAGAAGGCUUCCGGACUUUUACAGAAGAGUGGGAACAAUCUCAAAUUCUGUCAAACAUGCAGAAUAAUGGAAUGCUGAAUGGCAAAAAAACCUGCCAAAUGGGAGAUGCUUGUUGUCAAAACAGCAAUGCGCUGCCUCAGUGUGGAAAAACUAGUCAAAACGGAGAUGCCUGUUGCAAAACAAAUCCCACCUCUACAUCUGAUAAACUGUUUAAUUCGACAGAAUUCACACCCUAUGACCCUUCCCAAGAACUUAUAUUCCCACCAAAGUUGAAGGUAUCGGACGAACUUGAUAAGCAAUAUUUGAUAUUUAAAGGAAAGAAUGUGACAUGGUACCGACCAAAUCAACUCGAUGAAUUGUUAGCUUUGAAAAAAAAAUAUCCAACUGCAAAAAUUAUUGUUGGAAAUUCCGAAGUCGGUGUUGAAGUCAAAUUCAAGCACUGCGUGUAUCCUGUGCUGAUACAACCGACGAUGGUUCCUGAGAUGAAGCAAAUAAUAGAAACAAGAAAUACCUUGAAAGUGGGGGCAAGCGUAACUUUGAUUGAAUUAGAAGAAGUUCUUAAACAUCAAAUAAGCAAAAAACCAAGAUUUCAGACAAGGAUAUUUAGCGAAAUAGUAGCUAUGUUACAUUGGUUUGCUGGAAAACAAAUUCGCAAUGUUGCUGCUGUCGGUGGAAACAUAAUGACUGGUAGCCCAAUAUCUGACUUAAAUCCUAUAUUUAUGGCUGCUAAUGUAACAUUAACCUUGCGCAGUCUAGACCGAGGAGAAAGGGAAAUUCCGAUGGAUCACACAUUUUGGGUUGGCUAUCGUCGCAAUGUUGUUUUACCGGAUGAAGUUUUAGUUUCUAUUGGAAUACCUUUCACAAAACAGUAUCAGUAUUUCGUUGCCUACAAACAAGCAAAACGACGAGACGACGACAUUGCUAUUGUCAAUUCUGCAAUAAAUGUAUCAUUCAACCCAGGAACAAAUGAAGUUCAGAAUGCUUUCUUGGCAUAUGGAGGCAUGGCACCGACUACUACAUUGGCCAGAAAAACGUGUGAGAGCAUGAUAGGGAAAAAAUGGGAUGAGCCACUACUAGACUCAGUGUUCGAUUCGCUUAUGAUAGAAUUGCCAUUACCUGGAAACGUCCCUGGAGGUAUGGUACAAUAUCGUCGUGCACUAACUUUAAGUUUAUUCUUCAAGGCUUUUCUCCAGAUAACGAAGUACCUCAACAUGGACUCAAUUGGAGUAGAUUCACUACCCAAAGAGCUGAACAAUGCUGCUGAUGGUUUUCACUACAAACCUCCAAUGAGCUCGCAGUAUUUCCAAGUAGCUCCCAAAACUCAAGAACGCACUGAUCUAGUUGGUAGGCCAAUCAUUCAUGCCAGUGCACUUAAACAAGCUACAGGCGAAGCCAUUUACUGUGACGACAUGCCAAAAUUCGUUGGAGAGUUAUAUCUCGCGUUAGUUAUUUCUACACGAGCACAUGCAAAAAUAAUUAAAAUAGAUGCGUCCGCAGCUCUAGCUCUUAAAGGCGUUGAAGCAUUUUUCAGUGCAAAAGAUGUACCGGAUGAUAGAAGAUGGAUUGGUCCUAUUUUCCAUGAUGAGGAAUUAUUCAUAUCAGAAAAGGUAACUAGUCAGGGGCAACUGAUCGGUGCUAUUGUUGCUGUUGAUCAAGCGACGGCGCAGAAAGGCGCACGAAUGGUCCAAAUUGAGUAUGAAGAUCUCUGUCCAAUUAUUGUAACAAUUGAGGAUGCCAUCAAGGAGAAGUCAUUCAUCUCAGAUACUCCAAAACGGAUUGUGAAAGGAGAUCCAGCAAAAGCAUUUGCAGCAGUAGACCAUGUUCUAGAGGGGGAAGUCCGAAUGGGUGGACAAGAACAUUUUUAUCUGGAGACACAUGCUUCUAUUGCUGUACCUCAUGAAGAGAAUGAAAUAGAAGUUUUUUGUUCAUCACAGCAUCCAUCGGAAAUUCAAAAACUUGUAGCGCACGUUCUCCACGUCCCCAUCAAUAGAGUAACUACUCGUGUUAAACGCAUGGGUGGUGGCUUUGGAGGGAAGGAGUCACGUGGAAUGUUAGUUGCGCUACCAGUUGCUCUAGCUGCACACAGGUUGCAAAGGCCAGUACGUUGUAUGCUUGACAGAGAUGAAGAUAUGAUGAUCAGUGGUACCCGGCAUCCAUUUUAUUAUAAAUGGAAAAUUGGUUUUAAUAGUGAUGGAUUAAUAAAAGUUGCACAAGUAUACAUUUACAAUAAUGCAGGAUAUUCAGCCGAUUUAUCAUCAUCCAUACUUGAACGUGCACUGUUCCAUUUCGAGAAUGCCUAUAAAAUCCCAUCAGUAGAUCUAUAUGGUUACAUGUGCAAAACCAAUUUACCAUCCAAUACGGCUUUUCGAGGCUUUGGAGGUCCGCAAGGUAUGUUCGUAGCGGAGAACAUGAUACGACAGGUAGCUGAUUUCCUCAAAAUGGAUACCGUAAAGGUAUCUGAGUUGAAUCUGUACGAAGAAGGAAAUUUGACACACUAUAAUCAACAACUCAAUCAUUGCACAAUUCAGCGAUGCUGGCACCAAUGCCUUGAGACUUCUGAUUACACGAGUAGAGCUGCUGCAGUUGGAAAUUAUAACAAACAAAACAGGUAUAAAAAAAGAGGGAUUGCGGUAGUGCCAACAAAAUUUGGGAUUGCCUUUACAGCUGCAUUCCUUAAUCAGGGUGGCGCAUUGGUUCAUGUCUAUACAGAUGGCUCUGUAUUAAUGAGCCAUGGUGGUACCGAGAUGGGACAGGGUUUGCAUACCAAAAUGAUCCAAGUUGCAAGCAGAGUACUCAAAGUAAAUCCAGAAAAAAUACAUAUAGCAGAAACGUCGACUGAUAAAGUGCCAAAUACAUCUGCUACUGCAGCCAGUGCAGGAUCUGAUCUCAAUGGAAUGGCUGUCAUGAAUGCAUGCCAACAAAUUGUCGACCGAUUAAAACCCAUUAUGAGUGCGAACCCAGAAGGUACCUGGGAAGACUGGAUAAGUACAGCUUAUAUGCAAAGAAUCAGUCUCUCAGCGACUGGAUUUUAUGCCACUCCGGAUGUUGGAUACUCUUUUGAAACUAAUUCGGGCAACCCAUUCAAUUACUUUACGUAUGGAACAGCAUGUAGUGAAGUUGAAAUUGAUUGCCUAACGGGAGACCAUCAGAUUUUGCGGACAGAUAUCGUAAUGGAUUUAGGUGAGAGUUUAAACCCUGCCAUAGAUGUUGGCCAAGUUGAAGGUGGGUUCAUCCAGGGGUAUGGAUUGUUUACUCUGGAAGAGUUGAUCUAUUCACCAACUGGAACACUAUACAGCCGCGGUCCUGGAGCCUACAAAAUACCUGGCUUUACAGACAUUCCUAUAGAAUUCAAUGUUUCUCUUCUGAAAGGGGCUCCAAAUCCUAGAGCGGUUUAUUCUUCAAAGGCUGUUGGUGAACCCCCGUUGUUCCUUGCAUCUUCGGUUUUCUUUGCUAUUAAAAAUGCAAUAGAAAGUGCACGGCAAGAUGCUAAUGUUACAGGUUACUUUAGAUUUGACUCUCCAGCUACCGCGGCUCGUAUCCGUACAGCAUGCAUUGAUCAUCUAACACAGAAGCUAGAGAAUCUCGACAAAAGUAACCCAUGGAACGUUCCACCCUAAAUGAAGAAUUGCACCAUAAUACUCAUGUGAUUGUCACUUUUGAAUUUCAUCAAGUAUGCUAGUGAAUAAAUUUUCAUGAAGCUUCUUCAAGUAUAAAUCCAUUUUUGUAGAUUUCUACACUUUGCAUAGAACUUUUUCAAGAGAUAAAAUUUUAUUUUGCAACUUUGUGUGAAAUAAUGUAUGUAAAUGUUACCAAGUGUUACAUAUCAAAGGAAAAACAUCCUUAGAAACAUAAAUGCGCUAACAAGGACUGGUUGGUAUUUGUACUAUGACAGCAGUACGAAUAAGGUAUUGAAUAAUAGAAAAAAUUCACGAGUUUUAUGAGUUAGAGUUCUGUUUUUCUAUUAAAGAUAGUUACUAAGAAUAACGUUAUGAUGUUACAUACAUGACCGAUAUCUAAUAUCAAUCUUAAAAAUCAAUGUAUUAUAUUUGUUUUUCCACUGGGAAUGAUACAAGGAUAUCAAUUUGAUGUAAAAAAAUUAUAAAUUAUGCGUAUAACAAAGUAUAUAAUAUUUAUGUAUAAUAAACGAAGUAGUAUACAUUUUUUCACAUGUACAUGUAUUAAUUUAAUCAAUAAUAGUUUAAGUGAUUAGUUCCAGACUUUCUAAUUUGGUUGAUGACGGGUCAUGGGUUAUUAGCUAGAUAUUAACAGAAAACGAAUGAAAAUGAGAAAGUAGACAUCCAUAACUAUCGCUAACAUUCAACAAUCUAAUAUGCAUAUUUGAAUUUACUGAGCAUACAUAGAGGAAUUUCAAGUACAUAAUGCGAAGAUAUAUUUCACAAUAGGCUGACUCACAUGAAAAUGAACCGUAAAUGGU